GGCUAUAGCUUGACCCGAAAAUGCUGGCCUUGACUUUAUCAUCAAGCACUAGAAGACAUUGCAAGAUUCUAGAAUUUUGUUGAAAAGUGUUAACCAACAAAAUAAACAAAGCAUUAAUUUUAUAGAGGAAACAAAUGUUUGCCCUCUGGAACCGAAGUGGAACUAUUCUACCUGUAUAAGAAAACAGUUGGAUUGGGAAGUAUAUCCCUCUGCCUGUGCUUUCAUCUCUACUACCAUAAGAAACCAGCAAGAACCAUCCAUAAGCAAUACUAUUUAAAGUUAAUUGGGGAGUGCUGUGGCAUUCUGUUUCAUCUUUAAAGAUCCAAAACUUUAAUGUUUGGUAACGAGACAUUGAAGAGAUUCUGUAUUUGGCACUGAAUUCUCUUGAUUUACUUUUUAAAUCACUGUGAUAAUUAAUGUGUGCAACUUUGAACUCUGAAACUCAUUUUUUUCAUUGUUUUUUUCAUAAAGAGGAAAAAUUUCAAUUACUUUAAUAUUCACAUUCAGGAUUCUUUUAGCUUCUUUCAAAAGACCUGAACAUUUGGUGUGUUAAUUUGGCAUCUUUUACUGAAUGGCAUCUUUUACUGAAUGUGGCAUCUUUUACUGAAUGGCAUCAUUUACUGAAUGUGGUAUCUUUUACUGAAUGAAAUCAAUACCUUGAAAGUAAAAGGUACAACAGUGAUCUAUUGUUAGUGCACCUCAUAAAAGCCAGGGACACCAUUACUAGAUACAGUUCUUUGUCAAAUAGUCAGUCAGAAAAAUCUAUCUAUAUUUUCUAGCUUUAUGAUGCUUGAUCUACACUCUGUUAUUAUAUUGACUGGGCACUGUGUAUUGUGUUUAACAGGGAUAACUGGCAAUGCAUUCAUCCUAUUAGUGCAUUUCCUAGACUGGCUGAAGAUAUAUGAAUUCAACCCUUGUGAUGUAAUCAUUAACUGUAUAAGUACUUCCAACAUGUUUCUUCAAGGGGCAGUUUUAUUUAACGAGGUCUGCUUCUACAUGUAUCCGGUAUUUCUUUAUCACAAAUGGGUAAUCAACUCCUUAGUAGCCAUCAUGACUUCACUGGCAUUCUGUAGUCUUUGGUGCUCCACCUGUCUAUGUUUUUACUAUUGCGUGAAGAUCGCUAAUUUCAGUGGGAUGCUCUUCCAAAAGCUCAAGACAAAGCUACCAAGAAUGGUACCAUGGAUGUUAAUACUCUCCUUUGCUAUGUCUUGUUCUGCCGGCAUACCAGCUUACUGGGACCUAUACAUGGCAGUUUCCUCUGUCACUACAAAUUUUACAAGUAACAUAACAUUAGCACUUUCUUUCGACGUUAAGAGCAGGUGUGGUUGUCUUUUUCAGAUGUACAUGUUUUUUUCCAGUGUGGCGUUUGCCAUUAUUUUUUUUACAGCUGGGGCAAUCAUCACAUCUCUCUGCAAGCAUAUGAUGAGGAUGAAACAGAACAGUGAAGGUUCUGGCACUGGGAAAAUAAAUUCUCACUUAUCAGCUGCAAAAACGGUUACCUCUCUGUUACUUAUUUACUUAAUAUUCUAUGCAGCUUUAAAUUUUAUAUAUAAUGGAUCCUCUUCAGAAGUAGGCAGUUUAUUCUAUUCUCUCUGCUUCAUUGUGGCUGCUAGUUUCCCAACAAUAAACUCCUUCAUUUUGAUCAUGGGGAACAGGAAACUUACAAAUGCUUUUAAGAAAAUGUUGGGUAUAAAAUCUGUUUCUGGUGGUAACAGUGAAGUUACUGGAUCCUAAUUUGUA